CUGGAGACGCGCUCCUUCCGCCCCCGGCCGCGGGAUGCCCUAGAUGUCCUUAUUAGGGCAUAAGCCUCCAGAGGGCGUGCCCAGCCCGAGCGCCAGCUGCAGGCUCCUUAUAAGGCUGCUUGGGGAAGGAGGCGGGUGCAGAAAGCUAGACUGAGAAGAGGGUCUGCGAAUUGGGCUCCCGGAGACUUCCGGCAUGACAGCUGAAGACCGUGCGUCGUUCCAAACCCUAAAGGGACCACUAUGCUCUACUGAGCCCUGUGUGCCUCAGCCUGAAACAUCCUCCCCUCCCCCAGCAAGGUUCCCACCUUCAUCCUCUCUGAGGCUCCUUCACUUUUAAUGAGCCACAGAAGCGGAGUGUGAAUAGCUUCCCCGGGAUCCAACCAUUCGAACUCCCCACCUUCCAGGAUACACCGCUCAUUACUCCUUGCAAGGGAGGAAUAAAAUACACAUCCUCGCCAUUCACCUACCCUGCGCCUUCUGUGCACAUCCCCGACUUGACUCCGAAAGAGCCAGUCUAGAUCUAAUGGCGGAGCCGGUCCGCUUGGGCCGGAAGCGUCCGCUGCCUCUUUGCCCCAACCCGCUCUUCGUUCGCUGGCUGACCGAGUGGCGGGACGAGGCAGCCAGCAGAGGGCGCCACACGCGCUUUGUGUUUCAAAAGGCACUGCGCUCCCUCCAACGGUACCCGCUACCACUGCGCAGCGGGAAGGAAGCCAAGAUACUCCAGCACUUCGGAGACAGGCUCUGCCGCAUGUUGGACGAAAAGCUGAAGCAGCACCUAACAUCAGGCGGUGACCAUGCCUCCAGCUCACCAUCUAGAAAGAAUAGUGCCAGCCAAGGACCACCUGCCCAAGCCCAGGACUCUUCCAUGCCAGUUCCCACCCAGCCUCAAGUAGGAAGCACCAGUGCUGGCUAUUGGCCAGCUCAGAACUCAGGUGCCCGAGAGAUCCUGCUGCAACUCUACAGGGAGCACCUGAAUUCUGAGGGCCACAGCUUCCUAACCAAAGAGGAGCUGCUGCAGAAGUGUGCCCAGAAGACCCCCAGGGUAGUGCCUGGAAGUUCGAGACCCUGGCCUGCCCUCCGAGGUCUCCUCCACAGGAACCUCAUCCUCAGAACACAUCGGCCAGCCAGGUAUGCACUAACACCAGAGGGCCUGAAGCUGGCCCAGAAGCUGGCCGAGGCAGAAGGCCUGAGCACUCUGAACACUGGCUUUAGGCCAGAGGAGCAUCUUGAAGAAGACUCGGCAGUUCCAGAAGCCACCUUAUCAGAACCUGGCACCACCAAGGGGGGCGUCCAGCAGAGACCACUGGAGCUAAGGCCUAGCGAGUACAGAGUGCUGUUGUGUGUGGACAUUGGUGAAACCAGGAGUGCAGGACACAGACCAGAAAUGCUCCGAGAGUUACAAAGGCUACGUGUGCCCCAUACAGUACGCAAGCUGCAUGUUGGGGACUUUGUGUGGGUGGCACAGGAGAUCAGGCCCAGAGACCCAGAAAGACCCGGGGAGUUGGUCCUGGACCACAUUGUGGAACGCAAGCGGCUAGAUGACCUGUGCAGCAGCAUCAUUGAUGGCCGCUUUCGGGAGCAGAAGUUCCGCCUGAAGCGCUGUGGCCUGGGGCACCGGGUAUACUUGGUGGAGGAGUAUGGGUCUGUCCACAACCUUAGCCUUCCUGAGAGCACAUUGCUUCAGGCUGUCACAAACACCCAGGUCAUUGAUGGCUUUUUUGUGAAGAGAACCAUGGAUAUUAAGGAGUCAGCUGGCUACCUGGCGCUUUUGACAAAGGGCCUGGAAAGACUGUACCAGGGCCACACCCUACGCAGCCGCCCUUGGGGAACCCCAGGGGAUGCUGAAUCAGGAGCACAGCCAUCCACAAACCCUCUCUGCUCACUCCUCACCUUCAGUGACUUCAAUGCAGAAGCUGUCAAGAACAAGGCCCAGUCCGUGCGAGAAGUAUUUGCCCGGCAGCUGAUGCAGGUGCGUGGGCUGAGUGGGGAGAAGGCAGCAGCCCUGGUGGAUCGAUACAGCACCCCUGCCAGUCUCCUAGCUGCCUAUGAUGCCUGUGCCACCGUAAAGGAGCAGGAGAUGCUGUUGAGCACGAUCAAGUGCGGGCGUCUACAGAGAAAUCUGGGACCGGCUCUGAGCAGGACCCUGUACCAGCUGUACUGUAGCCACAGCCCUCUGACCUGACGCUCCCCAACACCCACUCACCUUCAUCUCUAUCAAGGCUGGCUAGCCUUUUAACUGAGAUCCUCUGAGCUUUAAUAAAAAUAUAAAUGUGUGUGGUCACGGGUGUUAAGGAA